CGAGGCCCAAGAGUUGCGUCGACACAUUUUAGAGUGCCACCUCAGCCCGUACAUUCAGGGCCACCAGCUCGAGUUCGAUGGCAUGGCUACUGCAACACUCAGGGCAGCAAGAAGGCACGACGCAGCCGUCAGGCAACAAGAAGAGCAAGACCAAGGAGUCAGACGAGGUGAUCACGCGACGGCUGGCAGUACAGCUCGAAGCGCGGGUGAGGACACUCGAGUAUGCGCAGACCGUUCAGAUCUACCUCCCGCACGACCACUUGUUAAUCGAGGACGGGCGCAAAGUGUACCAGAGGUACUUGGACAUCGUGAAGGAAGAAGGACCACAGCACGAGAGGGGGCCGCCAGAGUUGCAGAUUUUCGGCUCCAAUCUGUCCGCUAUCGCGAGCUGGUUGAACGAGGGAUCGUCAAGCCCAGCCAUGAAGAAGUUCAAGGGCGUCCCCGAGCGCCUGCUCCUGAUGAUGAGCCACACGGACGGGACGGGGGCCAGCGAGUGGGUGAAGGAGUACGGGUUUUCGCCGACGUACGACCAGAAGAAGGCCAGGCUGACCCUCACCCUCCUCGGACAGGUGCUCGUCGGAGUGACGGCAGAGGCGGCAGAGAAGCUGCUCAAGGAGCAAAGCGAGGCUUGGGGGAACGCCGCGGCGGAGGCCACCCUGCAGAAGAGCCCACUGGAGAUCGUGCCGUUCACGAAUGGGGUCAAGAUGAUGGGUCUCAACAGCGUGAUGAGUCACAUACUGAGAGAGUGGGGAGGUGCCCGCAAGCCAGGCCGCGCGCCCAGAGGCGAGAUGGCAAAGCUGUUGCAGGGCAAGAAGUAGACGGUGAGGGAGCUUCGGUACGAGGCGCAUGGCUUUUGCCUGCACCCACAGCAUCACCUUCGAGAUGCUGGUCCCCAUC